AUGAGACUGGAUGGAGAUGUUGAUAAGGAUUUGGAAUUUGCUCUUGUGGGAGAAGGAGCUGAAGUUUAUACUGGACAAGAAGGGCUAGAAAGAGAGACAUUUGACUCUGCGAGCGAGGUCACCUACGACGACGUGGGGGGCCUUCGCCGCGAAGUGCAGCUGCUGCGCGAAUUCGUCGAGCUGCCCCUUCGCUUCCCCAACGUCUUCAAACAGAUGGGCAUUUCGACCCCCCGCGGCGUUUUGCUGCACGGAGCUUCUGGAGUUGGCAAAACCCUUUUGGCAAAAGCAGUGGCCACGGAGUGUGGGGCCAACUUCCUCGUCGUGAACGGGCCAGAAAUCAUGUCGCGGAUGGCUGGAGAGACUGAGGCGAACCUGCGGCGAGUCUUCGAAGAAGCAGCAAACUUGUCUCCUUGUCUUCUCUUCAUUGACGAAAUUGACUCAAUUGCUGCCAAGCGCGAAAAGGCCCACGGCGAACUCGAAAAGCGGCUCGUCGCCCAGCUGCUGACUUUGAUGGACGGAAUUGGAGCUAAUAAGAACGUCGUCGUUUUAGCUGCAACAAAUCGGCCCAACCAGCUGGACCCCGCUCUCCGCCGGUUUGGGCGUUUUGACCGGGAAAUUGAAGUGCCCGUGCCGGACGCUGCGGGCCGUUUGGAAAUCCUCAAGAAGAAGACACAGCGCAUGCGUUUAGCAGCAAAUGUGGACCUGCAGCGGCUAGCAGCAGAUGCCCACGGCUUCGUGGGCGCAGACCUCGAGCAGCUCUGCCUCGAAGCUGCGCUGCUGUGUCUUCGCCAGCAGCUGCAGCACAUCGACUUCGACAAAGACGCCGUCGACCCCCAGGUCAGCAGCAGCAGCAGCAGCAGCAGCAGCAGCAGUUGCAGUGGAUGCAGUUCGGCAGCAGCAGCAGCAGUUGCAGUGGAUGCAGUUGUGACAGCAGCAGCAGCAGCAGCAGCAGCAGUUGCAGUGGAUGCAGUUGUGACAGCAGCAGCAGCAGCAGCAGCAGCAGCAGCAGCAGUUGCAGUGGAUGCAGUUGUGACAGCAGCAGCAGCAGCAGCAGCAACAGCAGUUGCAGUGGAUGCAGUUGUGGCAGCAGCAGAAGCAGCAGCAGCAACUGCUGCUGCAGCAGCAGUUGCAGCAGGUGUAGUUGCAGUAGGUGCAGGUGCAGGAGUUGCAGUUGCAGCAGAAGUUGCAGUGCUGCAGCGGCUGGAGGUGGGGCAGCAGCACUUCGUGGCAGCCUUAGCUGCUGUCAAUCCCAGCGCGCUGCGAGAAAGACAUGUAGAAGUGCCCAAUGUGCGCUGGGGGGACAUCGGGGGGCUCGAGGAAGUCAAACGCGAACUCAAAGAAACAGUGCAGUACCCAGUGGAGCACGGAGAGAAGUUCCGGCAGUUCGGGCUGCAGCCCUCGCGGGGCGUUUUGUUUUAUGGGCCUCCGGGCUGCGGCAAAACGCUGCUGGCCAAGGCCGUGGCCAACGAGUGCAAGGCCAACUUCAUUUCCGUGAAAGGGCCGGAGUUGCUGACGAUGUGGUUUGGAGAAGCUGCUGCUCCUUGCAUUAUCUUUUUCGACGAAAUUGAUUCAAUUGCAAAAACCAGAGGCAGCGGAGGCGGAGGGUCUGGAAGCGAGGCUUCAGACCGCGUCAUAAAUCAAAUACUGACGGAGAUAGAUGGAAUUGGAAAGCAGAAGCAAAUCUUCAUCAUUGGAGCCACCAACAGGCCGGACAUCCUGGACCCUGCGGUGACUCGCCCGGGGCGUCUUGACCAGCUGCUGUACAUUCCUUUGCCGGAUUUGAAAAGUCGAGAAAGUAUUUUAAAAGCAAAUUUAAAAAGAACUCCAAUUGCUGCUGAUGUCGACAUCAACAAACUCGCCACCCUCACUGACGGCUUCUCAGGUGACCCGCAGCAGCAGCAGCAGCAGAAGCAGCUGCUGAAGCAGCAGCAGCAGGAGCAGCUGCUGCAGCAGCAGCAGCAGAAGCAGCUGCUGCAGCAGCAGCAGCAGAAGCAGCUGCUGCAGCAGCAGCAGCGUAGCAGCAGCAGCAGCAGCCGCACCCGCUGCAGCAGCCGCUGCAGCAGAAGUGGCAAAACUAGAGCGGAUUUGACGGGGCUGUGUCAGCGGGCGGCGAAGUUUGCAAUUAGAGAAAGUAUUGAAAGAGAAGAAAAAGGAAAAAGUCCUUUGAAGGAACUUUCCAAAAGGCACUUCGACCUCGCAGCCAAAGACGCAAGGCGGUCUGUGCCCCCCCACGUGGUUGCUGCUUACGAGGAGUUCCGCCGCAGAUACAAAACGGGCAGCAGCAGCGACGAAAUGCCAGCAGCAGCACAAACGGAAGACUGCAGCAGCAGCAGCAGCAGCAGCAGCAGCAGCAGUUCUGCUGCUGCAGCUGCAGCAGUUAUAGCAGCAGCAGCAGUGCUGCUGCUGCAUCUGGGGACAACAGCCUUGCUGCAGAAGUCUGCAGUGGCCUCGUGCAUCUUCGUCUCCAGUUUCUCUCGCGGCUGCCUGAGGCAGCAGCAGCAGCAGCAACAGCAGCAACAGCAGCAGCAGCAGCAGCAACAGCAGCAGCAGCAGCAACAGCAGCAGCAGCAGCAGCAACAGCAGCAGCAGCAGCAGUGUCUUCUGCUGCUGUCUGUCUCUCGGCAGCUGCUGCUGCUGUCGCUGCACCGGCAGCAGCAGCAGCAGCAGCAGCAGCUACUGCUGCUGCUGCACCACGUGGCAAUGUCUCGGUCGAAAAAGUAUUCAGCAGUAGCUGCAGCAGCAGUAGCUGCAGCAGCAGUAGCUGCAGCAGCAGUAGCUGCAGCAGCAGUAGCCGCAGCAGCAGCUGCUGCAGUGGCUGCAGCAGUAGCUAAAGCAGUACCAGCAGCAGGAGCUACAGCAGUGCCUGCAUCUGCAGCUGCAUCAGUAGCCACAGCAAGAGCUGCAGCAGAAGCAGCAGCAGAAGCUGCAGCAGAAGCUGCAGCAGUAGCUGCAGCAGUAGCUGCAGCAGAAGCUGCAGCAGAAGCUGCAGCAGUAGCUGCAGCAGAAGCAACAGCAGAGCAGCAGCAGAAGCUGCAGAGGAAGAAGCAAAGGCAGCAGCAGUGA